GUAUUCGGGGGUUCGUGAAAAGAUGGCGUCGCUUUGUACGGUGUUUCCCUUUUGAGACUUGAUUGUAUUUUUCUUUCAUAUUAUUAAUAAGAAGUACUUUGAAAAAAAGGUGAUUGUUUACCGUGGUCCUUCACAACGGUUGAACGUGCUCCGUGUGCAGGAUGAAGGUGGUUAAUUUGAAGCAGGCCAUCCUGCAGGCAUGGAAAGAGCGUUGGAGUGACUACCAGUGGGCCAUAAACAUUAAGAGAAACUUCCCCAAAGGAGCCACAUGGGACUACUUAAACCUGGCUGAAGCUUUGAUGGAGCAGGCUAUGAUUGGCCCAUCACCAAACCCUCUAAUCCUCUCUUACUUGAAAUACUCCAUCAGUUCUCAAAUGGUAUCAUAUUCAAGUAUUUUGACAGCCAUCAGUAAGUUUGAUGAUUUCUCUCGGGAGCUGUGUGUGAAGUCACUUCUGGAGAUAAUGGAGAUGUUCAUCCAUCGCCUCAGCUGCCAUGGGAAGGCGGAGGAAUGCAUUAGCCUGUGCCGGGCACUGCUAGCAGCAGUAGUGUGGCUACUGCAGGGCUGCGCCUGGUAUGGAGAGCGGAUACGGGAGCAGGGUGAGGGGGCAGGUGGUGAAAUCAGCCUGCGGGCCUGCCAGGAACGCUUGGAGGGUCUGCUGCUGAGCACCAAGAACAGGGCCCUCAUCUACAUUGCCCGCCUAGAGGAGCAGACCUCAUGGUCCAAUGUGGAGCAAGCUGUAGUCAGAGUGUCAGAGAGCCUCAGUGGUUUUACCAAUCAGACGCUUAAAGGGAAGCUGGAGGAGUGUUUGUCAUUGGUGAAGAGUAUUCCUCAGAUGCUGGCGGUGCAAUCAGACCCCCCGCAGCACACCAAUUUCCCUUCUGUACAUGCCUUCAUUAUGCUGGAGGGCACUAUGAACCUGACCGGGGAGAUUCAGCCUAUGGUGGAGCAGCUCAUGAUGAUCAAGAGAAUGCAGCGUAUCCCAGCUCCCCUCUUUGUGCUGGAGAUCUGGAAAGCCUGUUUCACUGGACUGAUUGAGUCCCCUGAAGGUACAGAGGAACUCAAAUGGACAGCCUUCACAUUCCUGAAGAUCCCUCAAGUCCUCCUUAGAUUGAAGAAAUAUCCUCAGGGAGAGAAGGACUUCAUGGAGGAUGUAAAUGUUGCCUUUGAAUACCUUCUAAAGCUCACACCUCUGCUGGACAAGGCUGAUCAGCGAUGCAACUGUGAUUGUCUCAGCCUGCUUCUCCAGGAGUGUAACAAGCUGGGACUGCUGUCAGAGUCUAACACGGCCAACCUCACUGCCAAACGGGCUGAGGACAGAGAGUAUGCCCCGAGACUGAAGACAGCAGAAAAUGCAAACAUCCAGCCCAACCCGGGCCUCAUCUUGCGAGCUGAGCCCACGGUCACCAACAUACUGAAGACUGUAGAUGCUGAUCACUCCAAAUCUCCUGAAGGGCUGCUGGGAGUUCUGGGACACAUGCUAUCUGGAAAGAGUCUUGAUCUUCUUUUGGCUGCAGCAGCUGCCACUGGGAAGCUCAAGUCCUUCGCCAGGAAGUUUAUCAAAUUGAAUGAGUUUCCCAAGCAUAUCAGCGGAGAAGGAUCCAAGUCGGCAUCUGUGCGAGCCCUGCUCUUUGACAUCUCGUUCCUCAUGCUGUGUCACGUGGUACAGACGUACGGAUCGGAGGUAAUCCUUUCGGAUCCAAGCCCAUCAGGGGAGACCCCUUUCUUCGAAACAUGGCUGCAGACCUGCAUGCCAGAAGAGGGCAAGACACUGAACCCAGACCACCCCUGCUUCCGACCCGAGCCCGGGAAGGUGGAGAGUUUGGUGGCCCUACUCAACAAUUCCUCAGAAAUGAAGCUUGUUCAGAUGAAGUGGCAUGAGAUCUGCCUCUGCACGCCAGCUGCUGUCUUGGAGGUCCUAAAUGCCUGGGAGAAUGGGGUGUUGUCUGUGGAAUCUGUGCAGAAGAUCACAGACAACAUCAAGGGGAAGGUAUGCAGUAUGGCCAUUUGUGCAGUGGCCUGGUUAGUGGCCCAUGUGCGCAUGCUGGGUCUUGAUGAGCGAGAGAAGCCCCAGACCAUGAUCCGGCAACUCAUGACUCCACUGUAUGGAGAGAACAUGCUGCAGUUCUACAAUGAGCGAGUGCUGAUCAUGAACUCCAUUCUGGAGCACAUGUGCGCUGACGUCUUCCAACAAACAGGCGUGGCACUGCGACCCGCCAUGGAGGGCCAGGAGCCAAUGCCGUACCGUGGGCUACUUCCACCACGCGAACCCAUCUGUGGUGCUCUGAGCCGGCAGUUUCGUGCUGCCUUGCGGAAGGGCUGGGUGGACAGUCGUGCACUGCACCUCUUCGAGAGCCUGCUGCAGAUGGGUGGUGUCUUCUGGUUUACCAACAACCUGGUGAAGGAACUUCUGAAGGAGACUCGCAAGGAAUGGGCCACGCGAGCUGUGGAGCUGCUCUACAGCAUCUUCUGUCUGGACACCCAGCAGAUCACCCUCACGCUGCUUGGCCAUAUUUUGCCCCGCCUGCUGACAGACCCUGCCCACUGGCACAGCCUGGCUGAUCCACCAGGCAAGGCUCUGGCCAAGCUGGCUGUGUGGUGUGCCCUCAGCUCCUACUCCUCACACCACAAGGGGCAAGCCUCAGCCCGGCAGCGCAAAAGGCAGCGUGAGGACAUUGAGGACUACAACAGUCUGUUCCCACUGGACGAUACCCAGCCUUCGAAGCUGAUGCGUCUGCUGAGUUCGCACGAGGAUGAGCCGUCUGUCCUUUCCAGCCCAGGGGACCGGUCUAUGAGCAGCUCCCUUUCUGCAUCGCAGCUGCACACUGUCAACAUGCGGGACCCCCUCAAUCGAGUCCUAGCGAACCUGUUUUUGCUAAUUUCCUCCAUCCUGGGUGCCAAGACAGCGGGGCCCCACACACAGUUUGUGCAGAGCUUCAUGGAGGAGUGUGUGGAGUGCCUGGAGCAGGGCAGCCGGGGCAGCAUCUUACAGUUUAUGCCCUUCACCAUGGUGUCAGAGUUGGUGAAGCUGCCAGGCCUGGCCCAGCCCAGGGUGGUACUGGCCAUCACGGACCUCACGCUUCCUCUGGGGAGGAGAGUGGCAGCGAAGGCCAUUGCAACCCUGUAGGCCUCUGUGUCCCAAUUUCACCCACCCUCGCAGUAAUCGGACCACGAUGCGUAUAUCACAAGCUGGACCUGAUGUUGCAGCUGCCUUUCUGUAGUAACUAUUUUGAAUGUUCUCCCAAAAUAACAAGGAAGACACUUUUGUAGGAGGUUCAGGGCGCUUUAUUUUUGCUAUGUCAGCACUCGUAACACUUGACCGUGCCCCAUCCCCCUCCCCCCACUUGCCGAGUACCCUUUUUUUUUUUUUUACUCGGUUUCCUUCAGCUCUUUGUGUAAUUCCAACAUGUGCAAGAACAUUUCUAAGAACAUGUGCUCUUGUGGAGCAAAAAUGUACAUUUUUU